CAGUUCGAUGAACUUGAAACAUGGCGUCUGCACUUCCGGUUGUACGCUCAGGUUUGAGAAAAAUCAGUUGUAAAACAAAUUUUCAACCUUUUAGAUUAAAAUCAACACAGGGACAGGUCUCAGUUGCUAACAGCAGUGUUUCUGCAACAUAUGAUGUGCUUUUCAAAGAGGAUCACAACCAAUUAAGGGCGAGUUUAAGAAAGAUAAUAGAGAGGGACAUCAACCCGUAUGUUGACCAAUGGGAAGCAGAGGGCCAGUUUCCAGCUCAUGAAGUCUUCAAGAAGCUAGGGUCUGCAGGAUUCUUAGGUGUAACUAAACCAACAGAGUAUGGUGGUCUUGGUUUGGACUUCAGUUACAGUGUGGCGGUGGCUGAGGAAUUGGGGGCAAUUAAUUGUGGGGCUAUCCCUAUGGCAAUCGGUGUACAAACAGACAUGGCUACGCCAGCUCUUGCUACAUUUGGUAGUGAUAAGGUGAAGCAGGAAUUCCUUGCCCCGUCUAUAUCGGGGGACAAAGUUGCAUGUCUGGGUGUCAGUGAGGCAGGAGCUGGAUCUGAUGUGGCUAGUAUACAAACCAAAGCAGUAAAGAAAGGAGGAGAUUAUGUGAUCAAUGGGGGUAAAAUGUGGACAACAAAUGGCUUUCAGGCAGACUGGAUGUGUCUGCUGGCUAGCACUGGGGAAGGACCGCCUCACCGCAGCAAGUCUCUUAUAUGUCUACCUAUGGAUGCUAAAGGAAUUCACAGGGCUAAGAAGAUAGACAAGUUGGGUAUGAGGAGUUCUGACACAGCACAGAUAUUUUUUGAAGAUGUUCAUGUUCCUCAGGACUAUAUAAUCGGGGAGGAGGGAAUGGGCUUUACCUACCAGAUGUUACAGUUCCAAGCUGAGAGAAUGUGGGCAGUGGCUGCAGCAAUACUACCACUGCAAGCUCUUAUACAGGCCACGGCAGAAUACACUCGUACAAGGAAAGCAUUUGGCGUGCCAAUUCUGAACAAUCAAACAGUACACUUUACCUUGGCAGAAUUAGAAACUGAAGUUGAAGCACUCAAAUCUUUGUUGUAUAGAACUGUAGAGUUGUACAUUCAGGGUAAUGAUGUGACAAAGUUGGCUUCUAUGAGCAAGCUGAAGGCAGGAAGGUUGGCAAGGGAGGUUACUGAUAAAUGUCUACAGUUCUGGGGUGGAAUGGGCUUCACUAACGAAGUCCUUGUCAGUCGGUUUUACAGGGAUUUUCGUCUGCUGUCUAUUGGAGGGGGUGCAGAUGAAGUGAUGUUAUCUAUCAUUUGCAAAUACAUGAACACUCUUCCUUCUCCGCCUAAACUGAAGUGAUCAACAGAUUUACAUGAACUCUUGUCCAUCUCCACUUAAAUUGAAGUGAUCAGCAUUCUGAAGGGCAAAGGUCAUUUCACUGACUUGUCUGCAUGGGAAAGAAUUUGAAGUUCUAAUUAUCACUAGUAUCAAAUAAAUAAGCACUUCUGAUAAGCUCCACUUAAUUUCAAACAUUGACCUCUGAACAUUUUAUAAUUGUAAACUGAAGAAAUCAGCCAGUUUAGUUAAAUCUGGAACUGGAUUACCGAUUUAUUUAAUCUAAUCUGGAACUAAGUUAUUGAUUAUAUGAGUAAAAUAUGGGACUAGAUUAUUGACUAAAUAAUCAAAAUUUGAAACUAGAUUACAGGUUUAUUAGGUGAAAUCUGCAAUUAGAUGAAUGAUUCAUUAAGUGAAAUCUGCAAUUAGAUGAAUGAUUCAUUAAGUGAAAUCUGCAAGAAGAUUUCUGAUUUUAAAAGUAAAAUUUGGAACUAGGUUACUUAUUAAAUUCAAUGUAGGCAGAAUGCAAGAGGAAGUUACUUUAUUUUCUGUAAAUAUUUGUUAUUUAAGUAAUUAUGGUAAAAUAGUAAUGUUUUCACUACAUCAUAAGUGCUAUAACGCUGCUAUUGUUGGCAACAGAAUCUGGUAGAAUUUUGCUCGUUUUUUUAUUUGAAUUUUUUUAAUGUAUGUGGUUUGAUCAAGAAUUAAAGUCAGUUGAACUAUACAGAUGUAUAUAAUGAAAGCUACUGUUCUAGAUGAUAUGAUAUAUUCACAGUAUAUUUGGAUAUAUCUUGAAGUAUAUUAAUAGAGAUAAUGGCUUUUGGUUUAUUAUAAUUAUAUUAUCAUACCAGAUUUAUAAAGUGCCCCUUUCAUGAUAAACAGGUUCAAAAGCACUUUACAUAGCGCAAACACAGCCACUUGGGGCGUUAAAUUCACCCUCUACAUGUACAGACACAGAGCGACCUAACCAGAGGGACAGAUCGAGACGAAGCCCCCAGCGCAGAGAGAGAAAUCGUUUAAGAUACAGGCCUGUUGGGCUAGCUUAGGCAAGCCCUUAGGAAAAAGACAGUCUGGUUCUUAAAUGUGCUAGAUGUAUAACACUCAUUUACACUAAGCCAUCUUUCCUGGGAAGAUGGGAAGAACCAGUACUGGCCUCUUUGGUAGGAGGUCCUGAAAGGUAUACUUCGAUUCUUUAUAUGAGCUGCUCCAUGAGAAAACUAACAUAGUGGCUUUGCGAACAGCAUGGAUUCUGACUGCAGUCUGGUUUUGAUGUGGUUAGGAUCCAUGCUGUUUGCUAACAAUUUCUCUAAUUGCAAUAAGCUUUGAAAGAGAACAGCAUGGAUUCUGACCAGACUGCAUGGAUGUGCAGGCUAGUCUGGAUCCAUGCUGGUUUCAAUGCCACUACGUUGGUUUUCUCAUGGUGAAGCUCAAUUAUAUUUAAAGCUAAACAUUACUAGAAAACAGUAUUUACCUGUGUAAUAGGUAUCAUUAAUGAUAUACUUUUGAUCUACCUGUUUUAUGCAUCCUGACUUGUGUGAAUGAGGGUUUUUGGGCAAAUCCUAAGUAAAAAAAAAAAAAAGUUUUGUCUUGUUUUGUUCUGUUCUGUUCCUGAUUCUGACAAAAACAAAGAAAUCAAUUCAUUUUGUCACAUUGACUAAUAGUUACACACAUCAAAGUGCUAUAAUACAUUGUACAAGGAAAAAGAUUGUUAAUAUAAAUGAGCACAUGUAAGAUUCUUAGUUUUGCAACGGGGAAACAAAGAAAACAAUACAUCAUAAGCCUGUCAAGGUUACAGACUUUACCAAAUUUUGGCUUUCAUUAUUUGCCAAAAAUGGUCUUUCAUGCUAAAACUUUGGUUAGCCCUGAAAUAUAAAUGAUUCUUUUUACUAACACUAAUUAUUAACCAAAUGAUUAGCAUCAGUUUUAGUUUAAUUAACUUUAUCUUGUAGCAUUUUUUGACAUAUAACAUAAGUAUAUGUUUCUUUUUUAAUGGUAGAGAAAAACCCAUGACCAUAGUAGUUUAUGAAUAAAAUCUAUAAUUUUUGACCGAUUUCUUUAAUUCAAACACCAAAAUUUACAGGAUGAAUGCCUGAAUAUAAACACAUGAAGAUGGGUAUCAAUACUCGUUAGAGUUAAGAGUAUUUUAUGUUUCAAAUAAUAUGUUUUUCAAGUGUGACAGUAUAACGCUAAUAAAUGGCCAUUUGAGGAGCACAUUUUGGGGCAUAUCUCAAGAAUGGGUAAUACUAGCCACUUUAAAAUGUCAGGAAAGCAAGCCUGUCACUGCCAAGCUAAACAAUCAUAAAAAUAAGUUCCUAUCUCAUAUAUUUUUUCUGAGCUAUGGAUAUAACAUGUAAAAAAUCAUAAUGGCACCAAUACAGUGUUUUAGCAGUAUGUUUUCGUACUACUAUCUGUGAUAAGCAUUGAUUUUUAUAUAUAACUAAUAAAGAAGUAAAGAAAA